AAAAAAAAAAUAAAUUUCUUUUUUCUCUUCUUCUUCACACAAACCGGUCGACCCGCUGGUUUUUGUUCGCGACGCCGUUCCCUCGCCGUGGACAACCUCCCUCAGCUGACUCCCAACCGAGCCGCACACCGUCACUGAGUCUCCGCGCCGCCCGAGUUGGUUUUACAUGUCGGUUGUCCUUUCGCAAGCCGGUCCGACGCUGCCGCCUCAACCACGCUUUGUCCACCGCUCCUCCCCGUCGUCGAGCACCGCCAGCCGCCGGGUUUCGCCUCCUGCCGCCGACGCCGAUCAUCGGAUCUGCUAAGUGGAUGAGCUUUGUUUUAUUGAAAAAUACAGGCUCCUUAUCCUAAAAGAGAAAUGGCUGUUACACUGUUUUGCCUCUCGUCUCUGUAAAUCUGACACUCAAGGACUCUUGGAGUUGAAGUCCAAGAAUUGGAUUAAGACCUGUAAUUUAUGCCUUCAAGUUUGUCGCUCAUCUUUUCCCUAAGAUUAGGGAAAGUUUAGGGUUUGCACCAUGAAAACUAUGGCUUUUAUGGCUAUUAGAAGGAAGUUCAGGGACAAUGUUGUGCAGGAAUUCAUGCUACAGCGGUGCUACAGCUCUAAAGUCAACUUGAAGAAACUUCGUCCAAUGAUUUUGAAGAGAAUUCAAGAUCGGGCAAAAAACUAUCCUAUAAAGGGAAUGACUCCAGUGGCACAGCAAGUCCUUGAAGCUAGGGCAAUGCUUAUACAUGGAGUUUCCACUCUUCUCAAAUCAUUUCCAGUUCUUUCUUGCAAAUAUUGUCCAGAAGUAUAUGUUGGUGCGGAAGGUCAUCUAAUACGAAGUUGUGGCGGUUAUAAACGUGGUGCCAAGAAUCAGGUUCAUCAGUGGAUCAGAGGUGAUUUGAAUGAUAUCAUUGUCCCAGUAGAAGCAUUUCACCUCCAUCACAUGUUCCAAGAUGUUAUUAAACAUGAUGAGAGGUUCAACUUUGAACGUGUUCCAGCAGUAGUCGAGCUAUGCUGCCAAGCUGGAGUCAAUCCAGAUGAUAAAGAUCUGGCUUCAAGCACUCAGAAUUCAGCUGAAGGUGGUGGCUCAGGCAUGGAUGAACCUUUUUCAGAUCACGAGAUGAUGCUUUUAGCAACUGAAACUAUCAGGGCAUGGGAAACACUUCGGACCGGUGUGCAGAAGCUGUUAAUGGUAUAUCCAACUAAAGUCUGUAAGUACUGCUCAGAAGUUCAUGUUGGGCCAUCAGGACACAAAGCUAGACUUUGUGGAGUUUUUAAAUAUGAGAGUUGGCGAGGGUCCCAUUUCUGGGAGAAAGCAGAUGUAGAUGAUUUAGUUCCUCCGAAGAUCGUUUGGCAUCGGAGACAACAAGAUCCCCCUGUGCUUGUCGACAAAGGGAGGGAUUAUUAUGGACACGCACCAGCAGUGGUGGCUCUUUGCACGCAAGCAGGAGCCAUUGCACCAUUUAAGUAUCACUGUAUGAUGAAAGUUCAAGGCCUAUCGCCCAGAGUCAACUUGAGCUAUGAAAUGUCCUUUUGACGGACAUCAUGUGGAGCAUCCCAGAACUUGUACACAACUUUCAGGUGACUGUGCCUAUUUAUUUUCUUUCUUCCUGCUUUAUCUGUUGGGUUGUUCUUUUAAGCUUAUAGAAGGAGAAAAAUGGUAGAACAUCACUGAAAGGCUACUUAGGAAAAGUUAUUGAAAACUUUUGUAGUUCACAAAGUUGAAUAAUUUUGAACCAGGUAUAUUGAUAGUCGAAACUAAGUUGAUAAAGCAAUGUUGUACAAUCGUCUUAUUCUCUUAAUCAUAAAUAUGUAUCAGGUCGAUUCCCCGUCUCCA